GAACCGCGCACAUGGCACCCAAAAAUCAGACGAAGCAAAACAAAUUAAUAUUGCAGCAGCACUAACUGCAUAUAUUCACCUUAAAAAUGCCAAAAGUAAAAACAGAAAAGAAAAGCCGCAUACACAAUGAGGUGCAAAAGCAAGGCAUUGUGUUCAACAAGGAUUUUGGACAGCACAUAUUAAAGAAUCCCUUGGUCAUAACUACGAUGCUGGAGAAGGCUGCACUGCGAGCCACCGAUGUGGUGCUGGAAAUCGGUCCCGGCACGGGCAACAUGACUGUGCGCAUGCUGGAGCGUGCCAAAAAGGUUAUUGCCUGCGAAAUUGACACACGUCUUGCCGCGGAGCUGCAGAAGCGUGUACAGGCGACACCUUUGCAGCCGAAACUACAGGUGCUAAUUGGAGAUUUUUUGAAGGCAGAUCUGCCAUUCUUCGAUCUGUGCAUAGCCAACGUACCCUACCAGAUUAGUUCGCCAUUAAUCUUCAAAUUGUUGCUUCAUCGUCCUCUGUUUCGCUGCGCGGUACUGAUGUUCCAGCGUGAGUUUGCACAACGUCUGGUGGCCAAGCCGGGCGACAAGCUCUACUGCCGUUUGAGCAUCAAUACACAGUUGUUGGCACGUGUAGACAUGUUAAUGAAGGUGGGAAAAAAUAAUUUCAAGCCGCCGCCCAAGGUGGAGUCGAGUGUGGUGCGUCUGGAGCCAAAGAAUCCACCGCCGCCCGUUAAUUUUACCGAAUGGGAUGGUCUAACCCGCAUAGCAUUUUUGCGCAAAAACAAAACGCUAGCGGCAACCUUCAAAGUGAACUCUGUGAUUGAAAUGCUGGACAAGAACUACAAAUUGUAUCGUUCGUUAAGGAAUGAGCAAGUUGAGGAAAACUUUAACAUGCAGGAGAAGGUCAUGAGCAUACUGGAGGAACAGGGUGUAAGCGGCUCACGUGCCCGAUCUAUGGACAUUGAUGAGUUUAUGCGCCUCUUGUUGGCUUUCAAUUCGGCUGGCAUACAUUUCAACUGAUGCGAACUGCUUUUAAGCAUGGUGUAUAAUCGUAAUCAUAACUUAAGACCUUGUUUAAUAAUUUUUAAAAACUUUGUAUGUGUGCGUACAUUAAUAAGCUUACACAUAAGAUCUGAUUGGGACCAUACCAAUGCAUGGUAUAGGCGAUAUGGCUCCAAACACGACAGCUUUGAGAGAGCCCGAGAGAACUAUGAAAAUACUUUAGCUCGCCAGCGUAUCAUUCAGCGAGUUGAUCAAUUGUUUCGACUCGUAUUGAUCAGUCGCUCUCGAAUCUUGUUUAAAUAAAGUUCAAAGUGUCGCAAAACAA